AUGGCCGAGGAUCGGACUCCAGUUCCACGGAUGUGCGAGCAGACAAGUAGUGUCCAACUUCCCUGUGUGGAUGGGACAUCAAAUGGACAUUUCAACCUUCCUGAUCUCCUACCCAACAUGACUGCUGCAUCGCCAAUAGGCGAGGAGGGUAGUGACUUUACCAAUCUACCGGCACAGAACUUUCUCGAGGAAAUGACUCUGCUCCCGUCUGAUAGUCAUCUCCCAAUCUACCAUAAUGGGGCUUUGCAUGGGCCCUACAAUCCAAUCUACUACGGUAGCAGUAGCAGUGGUAGCAAUGCCUAUCCAGACGAUGUCCAUACGCGGUAUAUUUUAACGCCAGUUCAGGAUACAAGGGGUUCCACUUCCCCCUUGUCUCAAGAGGAAUUACUUCAUCAUCCUACCUACCAUGGUGGGAUAAAUUUAACCCAAGAUGCUGUCACCCCAACAACGGUGAUAAGUAGUCUCUCCACCAGUCCGAAUGAUUACACCCUUGCCACAUCCACCACGGGUUCAGUGACUGAUUCAGGAGGAGGUGGUGGUGGUGGUGGGGGACAAGAGGCCAAUCGUGGAUUGGGGAAUCGGCGAAAACCUCGAAAGCCUCGAACUAUUUACACUCCAGCACAAUUGGAACGCUUAAAUAGCCGAUUUGCCAAGUCCAAGUACCUCAAUCUCUCUGAACGGGCUCAACUUGCCAGCGACUUGGGUUUAACACAAACACAGGUCAAAAUCUGGUUUCAAAAUAGACGUUCAAAGUUGAAGAAACGCGGUGUUCAAAUCACCGAUAACUCCGAUGGCAGCUCCAACAAUCUCGAGGAGUCUCGAACAGAAACAACAAGUGAUGACCAAAACUCCCAGUCUACGCUGCCAAGACCCAGUAGCGCAGAGUCUAUAAAUGGAUUUAGUAAUCCCCAAGGCAACAGCUGUCCUGUCUCCACACCCAAUUGGAGCUACACAGAUCGACCGAGUCCAGGGCUGACAGAAUUGAGCACUGAGGUUGGAGACAUAACUCGACCAGCUGAACAUCUUAUGUCCCAUCCCAGCCAAACAAUGGCAAUAACUUAUUCCACUGCCUCUUACACCAUGCCAACAACGAUUCCCUCAACUUCAAGUGGAGCACUACCAGUUAGUUGUGUGGGGUACUUCCAACCAUCCAUGACAAAUCAAGAUUCCACAUCAUUGAGAGGCAGCUUUGAAUGGCAGUCAGGCAUGAGACAGGAGGUCAAUUCAACCCUUCCAUCCACCUCCUCAUGGGAGGCCUCCAGUCGGGCAGUUCAAUCCCAAUCUCAAGCCUCUCACCCAGUGAUGAGUCUUUAUGGCUGCACACAUCGCUCCUCAACACCACAACAACAACAACAAGCGCCACAACAACACUCCCACUCCUAUCCACCACAGUGGUCAGGUGGUGAUUCAAAUUACAACCAAAUUGCCUCCACAGAUAUGCCAAUCAGCUAUGGAUAUGCUCCAACCUAUACCAGUUCCACUUGGCAAAGUCAAACAGAGGCAGUAGAAACGGACUAUUAG